GUAACGUAACGUGCCAUCCUCACAUCUCUUUUUCAUGGUGUUGUUUUGCCGGUUCAGUCGCCAUUUAUAGUUUUAUACAUUUUUUAAUGAAAUAAUGUAUUAAAAAGCUCAAAAGGCGCAGUAUUAUUUGUGUUUUAAGUAAUUGAGCUAUGGGGAAAAUCACCCAAACAAAUCAAGUACCCACGCCACAAUGUGAACCCCACGCGUAAACGUAAAUAAAUCGUUGAAAAAUAAAUUUCUUGAAAAAUCAGAAGAAAAGAAGCUCAUCCACGAUCAAGAUAAACCUCCAAAAUGUAUUUAUACAACAUUACCUUACAACGAGCUACGGCCAUCACCCACGCCAUCCAUGGCAAUUUCUCCGGUACCAAAAUGCAAGAAAUUGUCAUAUCACGUGGCAAAAGCUUGGAGGUAUUACGACCAGACCCCAACACCGGCAAAGUCCACACAAUUUUAACCGUGGAAAUAUUCGGAGUAGUCCGCUCAUUAAUGUCAUUCCGCCUUACCGGAGGCACUAAAGACUUCGUUAUCGUUGGCUCCGACUCUGGCAGAAUCGUUAUUCUCGAAUAUAUCCCAUCUAAAAACACAUUUGAGAAAGUCCAUCAAGAGACAUUCGGUAAAUCGGGGGUGAGACGAAUCGUCCCGGGCCAAUACCUCGCAACCGAUCCUCGAGGCCGGGCUGUAAUGAUCGGGGCUGUAGAGAAACAAAAACUCGCUUAUAUUUUAAAUAGGGACGUCCAAGCCCGCUUGACGAUUUCCUCGCCCCUCGAAGCCCACAAAAGCAACACUCUUGUGUACCACAUGGUCGGCGUCGAUGUGGGUUAUGAUAACCCCAUGUUUGCGUGUCUCGAAAUCGACUACGAGGAGGCCGAUUCUGACCCCACGGGCGAAGCGGCACAAAAGACCCAACAAACGUUGACUUUCUACGAGUUGGAUCUUGGGGUCAACCACGUGGUGCGGAAAUAUUCGGAGCCUUUGGAAGAACACGCGAAUUUCUUAGUCACGGUUCCAGGAGGUGAUGAUGGACCCUCAGGAGUGCUCAUUUGUUCUGAAAAUUAUUUAACUUAUAAGAAUUUGGGUGAUCAACAUGAUAUUCGAUGUCCUAUUCCAAGGAGACGGAAUGAUUUGGAUGACCCGGAAAGAGGCAUGAUUUUUGUCUGUUCGGCCACUCAUAAAACCAAGUCGAUGUUCUUUUUCCUCGCACAGACGGAACAAGGGGACAUCUUCAAAAUCACUCUCGAAACGGAUGAAGAUAUGGUCACUGAAAUCAAGUUGAAGUAUUUUGAUACGGUUCCGGUCGCUUCCGCCAUGUGUGUCUUGAAGACUGGGUUCUUAUUCGUCACUUCGGAGUUUGGCAAUCACUACCUGUAUCAGAUCGCCCAUCUUGGUGAUGACGACGAUGAAUUAGAGUUCAGUUCCGCUAUGCCUCUGGAAGAAGGUGACACUUUCUUCUUCGCGCCUCGUUCUCUUCGUAACUUGGUUUUGGUCGACGAAAUGGAGUCGCUGUCACCUAUUCUAUCUUGUCGUGUUGCCGAUUUGGCAGGUGAAGACACUCCUCAAUUGUACAUGCUUUGUGGAAGAGGUCCGAGGUCUUCGUUAAGGGUUCUACGGCAUGGUCUUGAAGUGUCCGAGAUGGCUGUGUCUGAGCUUCCUGGCAGUCCUAAUGCCGUCUGGACUGUUAAGAGGAGAAGUGACGAUGAAUAUGAUGCUUAUAUUAUUGUGUCUUUCGUUAACGCAACUUUGGUAUUGUCUAUUGGUGAAACUGUGGAGGAAGUUACAGACAGUGGGUUUUUGGGUACGACACCAACUUUGUCUUGUUCAGCUCUCAGUGACGAUGCUUUAGUUCAGGUGUAUCCAGGCGGUAUUCGACAUAUUUGUUCUGAUAAACGUGUAAAUGAAUGGAAAGCUCCGGGGAAGAAAACCAUAGUUAAAUGUGCAAUUAACCAAAGACAGGUUGUUAUUGCACUGUCAGGAGGGGAACUGGCAUACUUCGAAAUGGAUCCGACGGGCCAAUUACACGAAUACAAAGAACGAAAACGUAUGAACGCCGAUGUCGUUUGCAUGGCAUUAGCAAACGUGGCUCCCGGCGAACAAUUAUCCCUCUUCCUCGCCGUAGGAUUAGCCGAUAGUACAGUACGGAUUAUCUCCUUAGAUCCGAGCGAUUGUUUGGCUCCGCGUUCUAUUCAAGGAUUACCCGUUUGUGCCGAGUCUUUAUGUAUCGUAGAAAUGGGUUGCACAGAUCGUGAACCAGAUAACGCUGCAGCUGCUAGCACAACCAGUACUUUAUAUCUAAACAUUGGUCUUACAAACGGUGCUUUACUUCGCAACGUAUUAGAUCCAGUCUCUGGAGAAUUGUCAGAUACAAGAACUAGAUAUUUGGGUUCGAGACCGGUAAAAUUAUUCAGAAUAAGAAUGCAACAAUCAGAAGCUGUCUUGGCGAUGAGUAGUCGUUCUUGGUUGAGUUAUUACUACCAAAGUCGGUUUUAUUUAACUCCGUUAUCGUAUGAAAGUUUGGAAUAUGCAUCGGGAUUCAGUUCAGAGCAAUGUCCAGAAGGUAUCGUUGCGAUUUCCACAAAUACGUUGAGGAUUUUAGCGUUGGAAAAACUGGGGGCUGUUUUUAAUCAAGUCUCAUUUCCGCUCGAAUACACUCCAAGGAAAUUUAUCAUCCAUCCUGAAAGUAAUAAUUUACUGAUCAUAGAAACCGAACAUAAUGCGUACACUGAAGAAACGAAAAAACAACGAAGAUUACAAAUGGCUGAAGAGAUGAAAGAAGCCGCCGGUGAGGAAGAGCAAGAAUUGGCGAAAGAAAUGGCUGAUGCGUUCUUGAAUGAAGAUUUACCCGAAAGUAUUUUUUCUGCACCUAAAGCAGGUCAUGGAAUGUGGGCCUCGACCUUAAAAAUAAUGGAUCCAGUACAAGGAAUCGUACAUAAAUGUAUACGAUUAGAACAGAACGAAGCAGCCAUGUCUAGUGUUUUAGUUAAAUUUCAAAAUCAACCCCAACAGACUCUUUUCUUGAUUGUUGGAAUCUCUAAAGAUUUUCAAUUAAAUCCGAGACAUUGUAACAGUGGAUUUUUGGACACUUAUAAAAUGGACCCUAUGGGUCGGGAAUUAGAGUUCGUUCAUAGAACUCCCGUUGAUGAAGUUCCAAUGGCUCUGUGUGCAUAUAAUGGGCUGCUACUUGCAGGAGUUGGAAGAAUGUUAAGGCUUUACGACAUGGGGAAAAAGAAACUCUUGAGGAAAUGUGAAAACAAGCAUAUACCAAACGCUAUUGUAAAUAUUCAAGCUAUGGGUAAAAGAAUUUUUGUUUCGGAUGUUCAAGAGUCAGUUUUUAUGGUUCGAUACAAGAGAGCUGAAAAUCAAUUGAUUAUAUUUGCCGAUGACACUCACCCCCGUUGGGUUACUUGUAACUGCGUCCUUGAUUAUGAUACAGUUGCUGUCGCUGACAAGUUUGGAAAUAUUGCAAUUUUACGAUUGCCGCCAAAUGUUAGUGAUGACGUUGAAGAGGAUCCCACUGGACAUAAAUCGUUAUGGGAUAGAGGACUUUUGAAUGGUGCGUCACAAAAAGCUGAUACUAUUGCAACAUUCCACGUCGGUGAGACUGUUACGUGGUUGCAAAAAGCCACUCUGAUUCCUGGAGGUUGGGAAUCUUUGAUUUAUACAACGUUAUCAGGAAGUGUUGGGGUUCUUGUACCGUUUACGUCACGAGAAGAUCACGAUUUUUUCCAACAUUUGGAAAUGCACAUGAGGAGCGAAAACACGCCAUUGUGUGGAAGAGAUCAUCUUUCAUUUAGAAGUUACUAUUAUCCUGUCAAGAAUGUCAUAGAUGGAGACUUGUGUGAACAGUAUAACUCACUGGAACCUGCUAAACAAAAGAGCAUAGCGUCUGAUUUGGAUCGUACUCCUGCAGAAGUCUCGAAAAAAUUAGAAGAUAUAAGGACCAGAUAUGCUUUCUAAUUUAUUUUUUACUGAAUUGUGUAAUAAAUGUUCUGCACUCGC